AUGGCGGCUAAAGGAAAAAUCUUCAUUGCUCCAUAUAAUGCUCAGUUUCAUUGGGUUUUGUGCGUUAUUGAUCCUUACAAUAACACAGUAUAUUACUUGGAUUCUUUACGUACUCUUGAAUUCAUAGGAAACGAAAACGGCAUCAUUGGGGAUUUACUUGAAAUCGUUAACACAGCACUUCUCCAAUUUCGAAGUGACAGGGAGCUUGCCACAAAGUUAAAGAUGAACACAAAAUGGAUAAAAAUACAAUGUCCUUGCCAAGAAGAUUACAUAGAUUGUGGAUAUUAUGUGAUGAGAUUCAUGAAGGAGAUAAUCUCACACAAGCGACUUCAAAUUCCUGAAGAAUACUUUUCAGAUUGUCAGUUUCCAAGUUAUGACACGGAGCAGAUUGACGAAGUAAGAGUUGAGUGGGUGCGCCAUGUUGUUCAACAAAUGUAUAAUGGCUAGGUUACGUUGAAUGAACCAACAAACAUACAACUUUAUUAAUUAAUGUAU